AUGUGGUCGCCCUGGCAGAGGUUGAACUAUGCACAUCGUCGCCAAGCCCUACGACGAGCUCGACAGAAACAACGUAAAUUGGUGAAAUUGGCCGUUGAAGCGGCGUGGGCUCAAGUACAAGCUGGUGGCGAAGUGGCCUUCGAACACCCGAAGGCUUCCGACAUGUGGGAUGACCCGACUUUGGACAGUCUUAUGGACAGCCCUUUGGUGUCAAUGACAAACCUGGACAUGUGUCGCUAUAACCUGAGGGCCGUCACGGAUGGCGGUAGGCUAUGCCGGUACAUCCUCUUGAUCCUGGAGAACACUCUUCCGCUGCACAUCAUCAUGGUCGAGCACAUCAUCAUGGUCGAGAACGAGGCGAUCAACAAAGCGCGGGUUCCCUUGGAAGAACGGACAACCCAUGAGAAAUUAUAA